CGACGCGGAUGUGUUUUCAUAAUCAUAAUGGGGGGAAUUGGCCCUCGGUUGUGCGUAUUUUUCUCACCAUUGGUGCAGCGAUGAGAGCUCUCAUCGCUGCACAGAGACGAGGUAUGGGUUCUCUUACACAUCCAGAUUGGCCUGCUAGAGCUAGAGCUAGAGAUGGGGAGAUAACUAUAAGAACCAAUGAGCUUCUCACGCAUGCUCACGACGUUUUGGUUUUCUUAGAG